AUGAGCCCUCCUCAUGGUGGAUUUGACCCAGAUGAUCCUAAUCAGCAGAUUGUGGCAGAAGGCAUCUUUGAUGAAUAUGGAGGUUUUCUGAACUGUGACGUUCCAGCUCUCAUUUCCAAUUUUUCUGCUAGAAAAUCCAAGAAACGUUCCAAGAAGAAAAGCAAGCAUAAGCAGGCUAAGUCUGCUAUUCAUGAGGAUUCUGGUAGAUAUGAAAGCAGUUACCAUCUAUCGUCAGACUCUGAAAAUGAGAAGAGAAACAAAACAUCAAGAAGCAAGAGAAAGAAAACAAACUGUUCUGAUUCAUCAUAUUCUGAUUCUGAGAUAGAUGCUAGAAAAGGCAAGAGUAAGUCAAAGCAUAGGCAUAAGAAGAAAUACCAGUUAGAGUCUUCUUCUGAUUCAGAAUUUGAGGUCCAUGAAGAUACAAGGCGGCAUCUGAAGAGAGAACACGUGAAGGAGAAAAGAGAUGAGUCACCAUUGUCCUUCUCUAAGAAUCAAGGAGACACAGAAAGCAAGAGGCGUUCAAGGCAUUCAAGGGAGAAGCGCCACUACAGUUAUUCAUCAAGUUCUUCUGAGAGGCAGGCAUUCUCUAUGGCCCAAGGAGAAACAAUAUUACAGUGA